GGCGGCGCUGACCCACUCGCGUGUCCCAGCGCGGACGCCCGAGGCCCGCGAAGCCAUGGGCACCGCGACUCUGGAGCCGCUGCCCCGCCGCAGGAAGAGCAGCUUAAUGCCCAGAGAAGCCUAAUGGACCAGCUCCCCGGCAGAUGGUAACAAAAAAUAAUCCAGAUGGGGUGCAGGUGUUGUAAGAUGAUACAAAGCUAUCUCUUUGAUCCAGUUCAAGUGCCCUCCCCUGGUUUUGUCAAUGAAGUAAACAAUUGCAAGUUGGAGGAAGAUGACACUAUCAGACUAAAAGGAACCCAAAACAGUGAGGUUGAGGUGCCCAGGAAUGCCCUGCAUGGUGGGAGCCUGAGCAAAUCAGAGAGCAGAGGCAGUACAACUGGUCUACCUCGCCAAGGAUCGCUCUCCCAGGAGGACUCAACAGAGAGACCCUGUGUGGAGAAGCAUGGUAUUGUCAAUGGCAUCAGCCCCACUGCUACUCUGCAGUCUAUCAGGAGUCCCAGGCCCCACCAGGUUGACAAUGGCUCCUGGGCCAGCAGCCCCUGGGUAGCCACCAUAGACAGUGCUCACCCAGCUCAACCCUUCCUUGAAGAAGACUACAGGAGGCAAAGCUGCGUGCUGCCAACCUUGGAAGGGACCCAGAUGGUGGGACAUGAGGACUGCAGAGCCCCUUCGGAGGCCUUGGCAGUGGCCGACCGCAUCCCAUACAUACCAGCCCCAGAUUACCCCCAGCUCUGGAGCCCCACAGUUGACAAUGCAGACCCUGAAGAAAAGGACUGUCUUUUUGAAAACCACUCUGAGGUGGAACCUUUGCCAGGAAGUCACCCCAGGGUGAGCCAGCAGGGUUUGAACAUGCCCUUCUCCCUGAAGAGAAGCUGGGACUCACUGAAUGAGGCAGGGACAACGGAAGUUCUGAGUGUCUACUUUAAAGAGGAGGAUCCUACUCACCCGAUGCCAGCGGCUGAUUCUGGAGAUGAGCAGGAAGACCCCCACACCUACACUGGGGACAGGGAGGGUGUUGUGGAAGAGGAGGAUGCUGAAGUGGCAGAAGCCCUCGCAGCAUUAGAGGCUGCUACUGCAGGAGAAGAUGCAGAUGAUGCUGAUUAGAGGAGGGGGGGGAGGUGAGGCGAAUGAGCUGCAGUCCCAGAGAGCAGAUGGAAGCAUGUGCCCACUCUGCCAGCAUGCCCCGGCAGCCUUACCAGCCGUACCACUUGUUUACAUCUGUUAUCCUCCCAUUGCCCGUACCUGUGCCAUGCUGCUUGUUGUAUACUGCAUCCCUCUACUCUGAAUGCAUUCAGAAUACUAGCAGCAAAAUAAGAGUGGGCCUUCAUGUCCAUGACCACAACAAGUGUGGAAGUAAAGCAGCUCGCAUGCUGGCCCUGAAAGUGCCCCCCCCUCCGCCAACAUCUGUGCAGAUGUGCAUGAGAAUGCCCUGACAUCCCCCUUGAUCCCAGGGCCACACAAACACGGGCCAUUCUGUUUGAAUGUAUUUCUUUACCUUGUUUUUGAGAGCCAAAUAUGUCACCCAACCCAGAAAAGGUAUCUAUCCACUUAAAGUGCCUACUGUGUGCCAGAGUUUAACUUCAGGGACAGUCACCCAGGGAACUACUAACUAACCACUUGUUGCACAUCAAGUUAAGCUCAGUGCCCUUCAGGGUAGAGCAGACUUGAACAGUGAACAAGUGGUUAGUCCUCGGCUGUGCUAUGAGACCACCUUGACCUUAACUUUUUUUUUUUUACACUAUUACUUUUUUAAUCUCCUUUGGGAUAUGGGAGACUGGCCAAAAUACUUCUUAAAACUAGCAUCAUGGUCUAGGUUCAAGUUCAUGAGUGUUUUGGAACAGCAGAGCCAUUUAUGGAGGGAUCUGUGUCAUUAAAUGUCUGGUUCUCAUUAAAGCA